AUGUUGAGAUAAAAUCAAAAAAAAUUAUCUUUGUCACUCCAUUAGGAUUACAUUUUGCGUAAUUAUAAAGACUCCCAUCAAUGUCAAACAGUGACUGUUAGAUAACAAUAAAUCCCUAAGCUGAACCUUUCUCCUAUACGUCCAAGGCAAGCCAAAGCUCCUCGUUAAAUAACAUGUAACUUAGAUGUGUAUAUGGAUUAACUCUCGACUGCAAAUUCUUAGCUAAAUUCAAAAAUUAAAGCUGACAUUAACUAUACCAUGUGUUAUGAUCAAGAUGAGCUGAAGCUAAGCCGAAAGAUAGAUUAUAAUUAUACUCAUGGCGAAAAAGUCAGAUAUAGGUCAACUAUUAAUCCUUCUACAAUUCUUAGAAAUAAUCUACAAGAAAAAUAUUAAUAGAGUCCUGAAAAUUUUCUAAUAUAAACCUCAAGAUUUACUAAAAGAAAAUAAGUAAUGCCAUUCAAAAUGUAAUACUAAACUGAGAUUAGUAGAAUUACAAAUUUAUUUUGUUAGAAUUAAAGAAAAUUUAAAAUUCUAAACAAAUUUAGAUGUCUUACCAGAACUAUAGGGAGAUUUGUUUUGUUGUAUUUAAGAUUGGCUUAACAUAUAUCAGAUGACUAUUAUGCUUAAAGAGCUAAGAUAGAACAUUUUAAUAGCUUAAAAACCGCAUUUAAACUUGAUAGAAACCUAAAUGAGGAUUUCAUAUAAAAAAUGCAAGAAUGGGCUGCUCCUGCGUUUUAGAAAAUACUUUAUUAUAUGGAAAAAAAUUCUGAAAAUAAAGCAAAUGAUGAGUUAAUAGAUAGUGAGAAGAUUUAAGACUAAGAGCAACUUUGGUGCUUGAACUACGCAAAAUUUCUAUUUUAAAAUAUUGAAUUAAUAACCAGAAAAGGUUAUAUUCCAAUUGAAAUUAUUAAAGAAGUAUCCAAGGCUACUAUGAUAACAAAGAAUACUUAAAUGACAUUAUUCCUUGCAAGAAGGUUAAAAUUCUAAAAUUCACCACUUUCAAAAACAGAGUAUUAACUUAUGGCUGGUGAAUUUGUAUAUUUCAACAUUAUAAUGAGGUAGUUCUUUGAUUAAGCAAAUAAAUUAAAAUAUUCAUCUCUUAAACACAAUCUUUAACAAAAAAAAAAAAUAAUAGAAGUUGCCAGUAUCAUACAUAUUUAUUUUAUUAAAUACUUUCUUAAUAUGCCUUAAAGAGGAGAUGUUAGUGAUAAACUACUUUUUUAGCGAAAGCUUCAUAUUUCUGGAGAUAAAAAUCAGGAAUUAAUUUUGAUAGACACCAAGGAUAUUAGUUUGUCAGAAACCAUAAUUGUAGGAUUAAAAUCAGAAGAACAUGUCAGGAACUUGUUGAAAAAAAAAGAGAGUUUAUAAAAAUUAUUAGGAAAAUUAUUUGAUAAAACAAUACAGAAUAUUUAUUCUUAAAUUGAAAUUUGUGAUAAUUUAGAUUGA